AGGUGCUGGAGGGCAUUUCCAUCUUUCUGGCAGCGUAUGGUAGGAAGCGACGGUUUGUAGGACGUUCAGGCCCGUGAUCCUUCGAUAAAUCCUGUAGGGCUUCAGCAUCGUUUGUUCUUAUCCAUGUCGGAAGGGCAGGAAGAAAUUAUUAUGCUCGAUAGGAUGUUCUUGUAGAUACCUUGACCCAAUCAAUUUGGCUUUCCCCGUCGCCUUGAAAUGCGUUGCGCCUACUGACGCCCACGGAAGGAAUCCAGUCGACACGAUCCUUGGGGUUGUGCAGUCUCAUAUGUAGACAUCACUAGUGUGGUAGGUUGAGGAAAAACAUCAGUAUAUUCGGCUGCUUCGCAUUGCUCCAUAGCUUUGAUGUUCUUCGACCUCACUUUUCCUGACCAAAACCAAUCAGCUAGAUCGUACUUGCUGCGACUCUAAGAGGAUUAAGGGACCGCGACCUAUGGCUGAGGUCUUCAGCAUUAUCAAGUAUUUAUGCGCAGCUGCUGCUGGCGCUAUAACAGCGUUCAGCACUGUGUACGUCUACUCAUCUGUAUACAGUGCUCAGCCUUCACCUCUUCGGACACCCCUUCGCAUUCUCAUCACAGGAGCUGCAGGUCAAAUCGGAUAUGCUUUGGCGCCACUUAUUGCAAGAGGGCUCAUGUGCGGCUUUGAGAGGCCUGUGUUCUUGCACAUGCAUGACUCAGAGGCAGCUCAGCAGAACCUUCAUGCAGUGCAGAUGGAACUUAUGGAUGCAGCAUCUAGCCUUCUGAGAGGAGUAGACAUCUUUGAGGAUCUGGAGGAGGCCUGCAAAGGCGUGGAUGUGGCUAUCUUGCUGAGUGGAGUGCGGCCGGGCGGUGGCCGUGAACAGGUCAUGGCUCGCACUGUUGACCUGUAUCGCUCGAUAGGCGCAGCGCUUGAGCAGCAUGCCAACAGGGAUGUGAAAGUGGUCAUUGUUCCCUCGCCAGCACACACCAGUGCAGCAAUUCUGCGGAGAGAGGCUCCAAGCAUUGACCCAAAGAACAUCACAGCACUUUCCAGGCUGGCUCACAACAGGACGCUCGCACAGGUGGCCGAGCAGCUGGCCAUACCCGUGAGCGAGGUGAAGAAUGUGGUUGUGUGGGGCAAUGCCAGCUCGCUGCAAGUGCCUGAUGCGCAGCAUGGGACUGUGAGGAGUGUGCCCAUGGACAAAGUGCUGGAUCCUGAGUUCAUGGAUGAGCUGGCAGCCUCUGUGCAGCAGCGCGGCAAUGCCAUCUUGCUGGCAAGGAACCUGACGCCUGCGCUGUCAGCCUCAGCAGCAAUUUGUGACCAUAUGCACAACUGGCUGCUGGGCACGCCACAUGGGGAGUGGGUGUCGAUGGGCGUGUCAUCCGAUGGCUCCUACGACAUUCCUGAGGGCCUCACUUUCUCCUUCCCUGUCACAUGCCAGGACGGCGAGUGGCACAUCGUGCAGGGCUUGGACAUUGACGAGCACCUGCAGCACGAGCUGCAGAGGUGUGUGAUCGAGCUGCAGGAGGAGUGUGAGCUGGCGGAGCAGUUCUUCUAAUGAGGCCCUGGAUCAGGGACUAUAUUUGAGACAAAAAUCUUCACAUGUAUGUGUUAGCCACACAGUUACCAUGUACAAGAGGAUCACAGCUAUUGAUAUCAUAUAAUGGACCCUGGGUCGUGGGCUAUCAUAGACGAUCUCGCUUCAUCCAGCGCGGGCGCCGCGCCAUGGGCACAGCUGUGAUCAUGAUGAAGGAUAAAAUUCUGUGUGCUAUGUUCCAAGUGUACCUGUGAAGUACACUGAGUGUCCAUGAUUGCUUACGCUUCCAGUCAGAUUCAAAAUGUCAAGGUUCUGCACAACUUGAAGCACGCUGACAAGUUUUGUAAGCUUAUAUAAUAUAGCAUAUCAUAUAAGCUGCAGACUAAUGAAGGCCCCGCAGAUGUGGCUGCAGACGCCCUGCGUGUAUGCCCUAUGGCCUCUGGCUUUGGGUUUGCCGACCUGUAAUAAUAAUAAUCAUAUAGC